AGGUAUGAAGUGAGGGAAAUCCCUAGGCGGCAAAAAAAGCAUUUUCUAGGGCGUGGUAUUAUCAUAAAAGCGGUCCGGUUGUCGAGCAGUCCAUUCUCCUCGCGGUUCUCUACAGCACAGCCCUCCCGAUCCCCGAACCGAUUGUCGAUUACCCGUUCCGAGCAUCGCCGCAGCUAUAUCGCCACGCAUUCCUCAAGGCGUCGCGAAGGCUUAUCCUCACUUAUUUCUCGUUCCUCUCGCUCCUCGUUCCUGGGGCCUUCACCAGCGCAAUCACUCCAUCCACGUGAAUAUUGCAACCACGCAGUAUCCAUGGGCGACGCGAAGGACAUCUUGGGAUUGCCGAAGAAGGCGCCGUCAGGCACGCCGGGCGGAGUGGGGGUGGGGGGCGCUGGAGUGCCGGGGAGCGUGGGGAAGGGGAAGAAGCGCGAGCGCGAUGGCGGAGGGCGGGCGAUUCCCGAGGGGAUCAGCAGAGAGGUCUAUGCGCUCACGGGUGGUUUACCCCCAAUAAUGCCGACUUUCGACCCGAUGCUGCUGCUCAAGAAAAGAACCACCCCCACACAUAAGGUGACGUGGCAGUGGAAACCCAUUGUUUCAUCUGCCCGGCCAGACGACCUGAAAAUCUAUCACUGGAUUAAAGUGAUGGAUGGCAAAAUUCCAACAGAGGAUUAUUCCUUUGCCAAGUAUAACAAGCCCCCUCAAGUGCUACAGUACACUGACGAGGAGUACAGGAGUCUGCUCUAUCAUCCGCGGUGGACCCGAGAGGAGACCGACGCUUUGAUGGAGAUCUGCGUUGAGAUUGGCCCGCGGUUCAUCGUUGUUGCCGACCGUUACAACACCGACGUCGAGCGUUACAACUCCCAAAUCGACCAGCUCUCAGUUCCUACUGCUGCUGCUGCUGCUGGUGCCAGUCCAACUACUGGCGCUGCAGCUGUUGGAAAGACCAGCGAGCAAGAAAGAGCUGCUGCCAGGGGUGGUGGUGAUGCUGCUGCUGCUGCUGCUGCUGCUGCUGCUGGUGGCUGUAAGGAAGAGCCUGUAACGGGAACUGGGGAAGUCAAGGAAGAGCCUCGGGAAAUUGCUGCAGAAGCAGCAGGAGCAGCGGCCACUGCUGGGGCUGCUGGUGAUGCAGCUGGUGGAAGCCCAGCAGCUGCUGCUUCUGUGGGUCCUCGGGAAACUGGUGCGGCAGCAGCAGCAACAACAGGUGGUGGAGGCCCCUUAGCUUUAAAGAGGAAGGAACGGUCGGUGGAGGAGAUAAAAGAACGGUACUAUGAUGUUACGAAGAAGCUUCUUGCAUCGCGAGCAGCAGCAGGAGAAGAGGUGCCAAUGGGUCUAUUGCCUAAGGACGGCUACAACAUGCGGGCAGAGGUGGAGCGCAAGACCCUGCUGGCCGCACAGCUGGCGCUGACUAGGCGCCAGCUGGCAGAGGAGGAGAAGGUGCUUGCAGAGGCCGAGAGAAUCCUCAAAGCACGGGGAUGGACCGAGGAGCAGUUGAAGGAACACAAGGAGAGGCUUCAGUCGAAGGAGAGGGAGAGGGAGGAGCGAGAGGAGCGGGAGAGAGAGGAGAGGGAGGAAAGGGAUAGGGAGAGGAGGGAGCGGGAGAGAGGGGAGAGGGAGAGGGAGAGGGAGAGGGAGAGGGAGGAGCGAGAGAGGGAGGUGGAGGUGCGGAGGCGGCAGGCGAAGCAGCAGACUGUGAAGCUGGCCUCUAUUCCCCCAUCCCCCACGCUCACCUCUCGAGCACCCCCAGCAGCAGCAGUUACACCCCUACAAGACGCCCACGUGGCAACGCCAGCUGUACCUGUGUCAGCGUCCACGUCAGCAGCUGCCCAUGCUGACGUGGUGCCAGCUCAUGUUCCAGAGCGCACGCGUCCGCAUGCGGUGUCAGCAGGAGGCGGAGGGUCGCGUGGUGCCCUUGCUGCUCCCAUGUCUGCUCAGGCUGGGAAUACGAGAAUGCCUCGUGUGUUUGUGAGAGGCCCGCGCCUGGCUUCGACCCUCCUUGCAUCGACCACUACAGCUGGCGCCAGGAUGGCCAGGCGCAUCGAGCACACGCUGCAAGAACUGGGGGUACCCCUUGCACCCCGAGUGCCCACUCGGGAGGUGUGUGCCGAGUACAUUGCGCUGAGGAAGGAAGUGGUCGCACUGCUUAACCUGCAAAAGAAGGUACACUGGAAGGAGAACGAGCUUACUCUCUUAAAGGAUAGCCUUCAAAAGGAGACAGGUGGGGGAGGAGGCGGAGGGGGAGGAAAGGGAGGGACAGGAGGGAAGGGAGUGGCUGGGGGGAAAGGCGUAGGGGGGGCAGCAGGGGCAAGCAAAGGGGGAGGGAAAGGGGGAGGGGGAGGAGGGGGAGGAAUAGGGAAAGGGGGAGGGGGAGGAGGAACAGGCAAGGGGGGAGGGGGAGGGGGAGGAUCAGGGAAGGGGCAAGGAGCGCAAGCAGCAGCAGCAGGAGGAGGAGGAGGAGCAGCAGCAACACACCAGUCACACCAUGACUCUUCGAGCCUGGGAUCCACUCCUAAGUCCCACCGAGGCUCAGGCUCGGAAUCAGCUUCGGCGCUGCCUGCUCCUUCGCCCACUGUAGCAGCAGCUGCUUCCACGCCGCGGCCAGAAGUAGGGAGAAAGCGCCAGGCUGGGUCAAGGCCGUCUGAUCCUGGCAGCACUGGUAUUCCUGCUGCUGGGGCUGGGGCUGCUUCUGGUGGGGGUGCCGGGGGUGGUGGGGGUGGAGGUGGGGGUGGUGGGGGAGGAGCACAGAAGCGAAUCCGACGGCUCAAAAUCACUGAAGACUCAAUCUAGUGCGAACAAAGUGGGUCACUGCAGUUGGUGCUGCUGCUGCUGCUGCUGCUGCUGCUGCUGCUGCUGCUGCUGAUGGUGUGGGGGCGGGGGGAGGAGGGGCGCAGAAGCGAAUCAGAUGGCGCAAAAUCGCACAAGGUGACUUUUGAGUCGACUCAAAAUCGCACAAGACUCUGCCUCGUGCGAACCAGUGUGGUACAUUGCAGGUAGUUCUGCUACUGCCACUCAAACGGGUUCUGCUACUGCUGCUCAAACGGGUUCUGCUACUGCUGCUGAAACGUGUUCUGCUACUGCUGCUGAAACGUGUUCUGCUACUGCUGCUGAAACGGGUUCUGCUGCUGCUGCUGCUAAAACUGGUUUUCCUGCAGCUGUUGCUGGAACUGGUUUCCUGCUGCUGCUGCUGUUGCUGGGGUUGGAGAUAACAGGGGACACAGAAGGACCGCUAGUGGCCAUGUGGCAUCACUGGCAUGCUUUUCUCUAGCUAGAGCCUAGAGGUCCUUCCUUACGACUCCAGAGUGUAGUGAACACUGCUACCAUAUGGUAUCUGUACAAAAUAUCUUGUAGAUCUUUAGUGGUUAUGUGGUAGGUUGUUGGGCUGAGAAAUGCCCUUAGGAUCUUUUCAAAGACAAAGUCCCAGUUGAAGAUUAAGACUUGAGUAGUGCAGCGGAAGUUGAGG